AUGAAAUUCAUCUCACUCACUUCUAUGAUCGUGUCUGUUGCGGUAAUGGCUGGCGUAGCCACCGCGUACAACCCUAUCGGCCAGUCUUGCGACACCCCAGGUGGUUAUGGGUGCUCACAGGACGCGGGUGUUAAUGGCGGGAAUGCGUUCAUUUAUGAAUGUGCAUCGGACGACCAGUUCGUGUACGUUGCAGGCUGUGCCUGCCCCACUUGCUGUCAAGCCACGACCGGUGGUGCAUUCUGCACGUGA